AUGGCAAAUCAUCUUCUCCAUCUAUCUCUAUCUCUGCUACUGACCAGAAUCCUUCUUCUCCGAUCAACUUCAGCUGUUGAUUUUGUCUUCAACGGCUUCGAUUCCUCUGAUAUCCUACUAUUUGGUAAUGCAUCACUUGAAUCUCGGAUUCUCGUUCUCACAGAUACCUCGGCUUUCUCCAUUGGCCGUGCCCUUUACAGUACGCGUAUCCCCACGAGAUCUCCCAACUCCUCUGCACUCCUCCCCUUCUACACCUCCUUCAUCCUCUCCAUCGCUCCAGAUGACAACCAGCUCUCCGGCCACGGACUCGUCUUCAUCUUUGCUCCCACCACUGACAUCAACGGAACAAACUCGGCUCAGCAUCUCGGUCUCUUUAACCGCACCAAUGACAACAACCCCAGCAACCAUGUCCUCGGUAUAGAAUUCGAUGUGUUCAGCAAUCAAGAAUUCAACGAUAUCAAUGACAACCACGUUGGCGUUGACGUGAAUUCUCUCGCGUCGGUGACUGCCGAACCUGCCGGUUAUUGGGGUGAUAAGACGGCGAUGAACAAUAAUCAAGAUGACACCUUUCAUGAAUUGAAGCUCAACAGUGGCGUCAAUUAUCAAGUCUGGGUUGAUUACUCGAGUUCUCUGCUCAAUGUCACCAUGGUGCCUGCUGGAUCGAGAAAGCCUCAACGACCUUUGAUUAGCUUUCCCGUCAAUCUCUCCGAGGUUUUUCUGGAUGAAAUGUAUGUUGGGUUCACUGCGGCUACGGGACAAUUAGUGCAAUAUCAUAGAAUUCUGGCAUGGAGUUUUAGUAAUUCAAAUAUUUCCUUUGGAGAUACGUUGGCUACUUUCAACUUGCCGUCCUUUGUUCCUUCUGAGGUCUCCGCUUUUCCAUCCAAAGGAUUUAUUGCAGGAAUUACGGUGGCUGUAGUCUUGUUUAUCGGUGCCUGUUGUGCUAUGGUUUUCCUAUUUCUAGUUAAGAGGAGGAAGAAGAAGAAGGUGGGGGAGGGAGAGGAGGUAGAAGAAUGGGAGUUGGAGUAUUGGCCUCACCGAAUUGAUUAUCAAGAGAUCAGCGCAGCAACCAGAGGAUUCUCUGAAGAAAAUGUAAUUGGGUUUGGAGGAAAUGGGAAGGUCUAUAAAGGGGUUUUGGCAGGAGGAGUAGAAGUUGCUGUAAAGCUCAUUUCACACGAAACGGAUGAAGGAAUGAAAGAAUUCGUGGCCGAGGUGUCGAGCCUCGGGCGACUGAAGCACAGGAACCUGGUAGGAUUAAGAGGUUGGUGCAAAAGGGAGAAGAGGAACUUAGCUUUGGUUUAUGAUUAUAUGGAGAAUGGAAGCUUGGAUAAGAGGGUGUUUGAAUGUGAGGAGAGUGUAAUGUUGGGGUUGGAGGACAGGAUGAGAGUUCUGAAGGAUGUGGCUUCUGGGGUGUUAUACUUGCAUGAGGGUUGGGAAGCCAGAGUCCUGCACAGGGACAUAAAGGCUAGUAAUGUGUUGCUUGACAGCGAUAUGAAUGCGAGGUUAGGAGAUUUUGGGCUGUCUCGCAUCCAUGGCCGUGGCCAGGUGGCUACCAUCACGACACAGGUAGUUGGAACUGUGGGAUAUAUGGCGCCUGAAGUGGUGCUGAGCGGCCGGGUGUCAGCACAAACCGAUGUGUUCAGUUUUGGGGUAUUGAUUCUUGAAGUUCUGUGCGGGCGGAGACCCAUAGAGGAUGGGAAGGCGGCUCUGGUUGAUUGGGCAUGGAGCCUAAUGGAGCGUGGGGAGUUGUUGUUAGCUCUGGACGAGCGUUUGAUCAGGGCUGCUGAUGAGGGCGGUUUUGAGGCUGAGGAGGUAGAGAAGGUGCUUAACUUGGGCUUGCUGUGUACAAACCCUGAUCCGCAUGCUCGGCCGACGAUGAGACAAGUGAUGAACAUGUUUGAGGGAACAAGCGAGGUCGAGUUUAAAUGUUUAGACAUGGAGAAGCUUCAGCAAGCAGUUGGGGAGCUCAGCCUCAGCUUCCGAGGUCUAUUGGACGAUUCUUUCUCCCUUACCAAUAAUGGCUCCAUGACUUCUUCAAGUGACCUCUACCCCUAA